UAAAAAGGAUUGUCCGUCGACAUGAUGAUGGCUUGCCAGUUGAUGUCCCGCGGCAUGGAGAUCUUCACACCACUGCCGCUGCGGACGUUUGUCCCCACCGCCGUCCAUAUCCCUCACAUGGAGACCAAACCCAUCCACUUCUGCAUCACCCUCCGCUGCGUCGACGAUGGCAUCUUCACGUUCUUGGUCCAUUGCGAGCAAUUCGCGUUCCGCAAGUACCUUCACUUGACGAUCAAGAUGGCACGAGCUCUGCUGCAUCGCCUGCAAGCGUCUCCCGAGAAGCACGAUGUCGGCCAUCUCCAUCUGCCCCAUCCCAUCUAUGCCCGCCUGCUCGUCGGCCGGCGCGACACCGCCCAGCUUGUCCUUCGGCUACUCGAGAUCGUGUUUGACAGCCCGCGCAUCCUCGCCGACCCCAUUCUCCAUGACGCGUUUGGACUGACGGUUCCUGAAGCCGACACACUCUUGGAAAUCACGUUCCUCAUGCAGGUUUGGCGGCAGCGAGAAGCUCAGAUCCGACAUAAGGCGCUCCGCCGCGUGCGCGCGAUCGUUCAUGAGAUGCACCGCCACGACUGGGAGUAUGCGAGCAUGAUGUCGCGCCUCCUGCAUCUCCGUCAAGCGUGCGACUGCAACCAUCCCCUGCGGCUACCGCUUCUCGUGUAUGGCCACGACAUGGAGUAUCAUGUUGUCUUGCCAAACUAUGCUUUUCGUGUCCACCGACCUGGACAUGUCGUUGGACCCGGUGGAAAACGGUACUUCUACCUCCACCCCCUUCCUAGUGACAACGGCGGCAUGGUCCUCCUCGAUCCGUCCGGAGGCUUCCCCCUCGCCAGCAUCCACCUCGACGGCGACGGUGUCCGCAUCCAUCGAGCAGUGCCCACCUGCACCACCCACCGAGACGUGGCCGAGUCGCCGCUCGUCCAUGUCCUCACUGCCACCCGCGACAAGACGUCUAUCGCAUUCGAGCAAGUCGCGCUUCCCGGACUAGCCUUCGGACUCACCGACCUCCGCGCGACCUACAUGACGCAGGAGCACCACGAGUUCAUCUUCACCGCCGUGGACACGACGGACUUUACCUUCUUUCUCGGGUCCGGCACUGCUGCCGCCCGACGUCACGGCGCGCCGGCCACGUACUCGUUUGUAGUUCACCCUGGCCACGACAACGUGCUGGUGAUCGCCAUGUCCAUCGCUCUCACGCUAUUGGGCGAACGUUGACAAUGGAUAAUAUUAGUAUUAUUCGUACUAUUAUUGCAACUUGUUACUGAGA